UAUCAAGAAUCCAAAUAACUUCAUCACAGUACAAAAAUACAUGUCCAACACUCCCCUUCAACUCCAAUUCCCUCGUCUUCAUUUCCAUCUCCAUAACUCCUAAACCCACCAUGGACAAGCUAGCUCCAUUUCAAACCUACCACAACCCUUCUCCAAACCAAAACCCACUCACCCACAGGCCAAAACAAACCUCAUUCAACUCCCUUGCUUCUCCAUCUCUUGCACUCGCACCCAUCUCCCCUGACACCGCCCCCCUCUCCGCCUCACCAUUACCACAAUUUCAACCUUUAAAUCCCCUCAAAGAUGUUAAAACACUUGAAUCCGUUAAAAUUAAGCAUGCCCAGAUUCUUAAAACUCGGAAUUCUGACUCAAAGGCUGAAUCUUUGAUCACUUCCUACUUGGAACUUGGUGAGUUUAGGACAGCUGCAAUGGUUUUCUUUGUGGGUUAUGCGAGAAACUACGUUGCGUGGAGUUCUUUCUUGGACGAAUUUCAGAGUUUUGGAGGUGACCCAGUUGAGAUUCUCAAAGUUUUUCAAGAAUUGAACUGUAAAGGAGUGGUUUUUGAUAGUGAAAUUGUUACCAUUAUUUUGAAGAUUUGCAUUAGAGUAAUGGAUGUGUGGCUGGGUUUGGAAGUUCAUGCUAGUUUAGUAAAAAGAGGGUUUGAAUUGGAUGUCUAUGUGAGGUCUGCUUUAUUGAAUUAUUACCAAAAAUGUUGGGAUGUGGAUACUGCUAAUCAAUUGUUUGAUGAAAUGUCUGUUAGAAAUGAUCUCUUGUGGAAUGAGGCAAUCAUGAUCAAUCUGAAAAAUGAGAGAUUUGGUAAUGCUGUGAAACUGUUUAGAGAAAUGCAAUUCUCCUCUGCAAAAGCAAAAGAUAGUACAAUUUUGAAGAUGCUACAAGCUUGUGGAAAGGAGGGAGCUUUAAAUGAAGGGAAGCAGAUUCAUGGGUAUGUUAUUAGAAAUUCGCUUGAAUCGAAUUUGUAUAUAUGUAAUUCUUUGAUUAUUAUGUACUCUAGGGAUAGUAAACUUAGACAAGCUAGAAUAGUGUUUGAUUCGAUGAAAAAUUGUAAUGUGUCUUCAUGGAAUUCUAUAAUCUCAAGUUAUGCUGCAUUAGGUCAGUUGAAUGAUGCUUGGGAACUUUUUCACGAAAUGGAAUUAUCGAGCAUGAAACCUGACAUUAUAACCUGGAAUUCCUUAUUAUCAGGUUGUGCUCUUAAUGGGUUAGAUAGAGAAGUCCUGGUGAUCUUACAUAAAAUGCAAGUUGCGGGCUUUAGACCAAAUUCAAGCUCCGUUACUAGUGUUCUUCAAGCUGUCAUUGAACUGAAGCUCUUGAAAUUUGGAAAGGAAAUCCAUGGCUAUGUGAUCAGAAAUGGGCUUAACCAUGAUGUAUAUGUGGAAACUUCAUUGUUAGACAUGUAUGUGAAGAAUGAUUGUUUACCCAUUUCUCGGAGAGUUUUUGAUAGUAUGAAGAAGAAUAUUGUUGCUUGGAAUUCUUUGAUAACCGGCUAUGCGUAUAAAGGCCUUUUUCAUGAUGCUGAAAGACUGUUGGAAAAAAUGGAAGAAGAAGGAAUUAGAGCAGAUAUUGUAACAUGGAAUGGCCUCGUUUAUGGAUAUUCUAUGUGGGGAGAUAAUGAGGAAGCUAUGGCUAUUAUUAAUGAAAUCAGGAAUUCAGGAUUAACUCCAAAUGUUGUUUCAUGGACUGCCCUCAUAUCAGGCUCUUCGCAGAACGGUAAAUUCAAGGAAUCUUUGGAGUAUUUCAUCCAGAUGCAGCAACAAGGUAUUAAGCCAAACUCAACCACUAUAACCAACUUACUAAGAACUUGUGGAGGCCUAUCUUUAUUAAAAACUGGUAAAGAAAUUCACUGCCUCAGUGUAAAAACUGAAUUCGUUGAAGAUGCAUACGUAGCCACAGCUCUCAUUGACAUAUACAGUAAGUUGGGAGACUUGAGGAGUGGCUGUGAAGUUUUCAGGAAGAUUAAGAACAAAACAUUAGCCUGUUGGAAUUGCAUGAUUAUGGGGUUCGCCAUUUAUGGGCUUCGGACUGAAGCAAUUUCGCUCUAUGAUAAAAUGCGACAAGUAGGUAUCAUGCCAGAUUCCAUAACCUUUACUGCUCUGCUUUCUGCAUGCAAGAACUCAGGUUUAGUAACUCAAGGAUGGAAUUACUUCGACAGUAUGAAAAAGGAUUACAGUAUAGAACCAACAAUUGAGCACUACUCUUGCAUGGUAGAUCUGCUUGGCAGAGCUGGCUAUCUUGAUGAAGCUUGGGAUUUCAUUCAAACAAUGCCAGUAAAACCAGAUGCUACUAUUUGGGGUGCUUUUCUUGGAUCCUGCAGAAUAUACACAAACUUGGAGUAUGCAGAAACAGCAGCUGAAGAACUCUUCAAGCUUGAACCAUACAAUUCGGCUAAUUAUCAUCUGAUGAUGAACUUGUAUGCAAUGUCAAACAGAUGGGACGAUGUAAAGCGCGUAAGAGACCUUAUGGAUAAUAAAGGGGUGAAAUCCAGGGAAGUAUGGAGCUAUAUACAGAUUGAUCGUGAAGUUCAUCGAUUCUUCGCUUGGGGGAAACCCCAUCAAGACGAAGGGGAGAUAUACUUUGAGUUGUAUCGAUUAGUUGCUGAACUGAAGAAAGUCGGAUAUGUGCCUGAUAUCAAUUGUGUGCUUCUCGACAUUGAGGAGGAAGAAAAGGAGAAGGUACUGUUGAGUCAUACAGAGAAACUGGCCAUUACUUAUGGACUGAUCAAGAGAGAAGGUGGUGCACCUAUAAGAGUGAUAAAGAACUCAAGAAUAUGUUCCGACUGCCAUACAGCAGCAAAACUCAUUUCGCUGGUGAGAAGUGUUGAGAUUAUCCUGAAAGAUGGUGUUCGCUUUCACUAUUUCCGGUCAGGGGAGUGUUCUUGCAAUGACUUCUGGUAAAACCGGCAUCCUUAUAUGCCUGAUUAAUACUGAUAACAUUUUGUAAAUUAUUUCCAACUCGGAGAGCUAUACAAAACCAAUUGCACUAUUUAUAUUUUUUAAUCAAAUAUGCAAUUACGCUUAUGCUCCUAAGGA